AGAGAGAGCGAGCGAGAGAGAGCAGCGCGGUACUCCGGGGAAAUACCAUGUAUCUUAGGCUGCAAAGACGACCGGAGCCUCGCAUUAUUUUGCUCUUUUAUUUUUGAUUUCCGUUUCUUUCUGUCUGUCUUUUCUUUCUUUUAUGUUGCGUCCUUUCCUUCCGUUCCCCAGUCUCUGACGCGCAAGGACACUACAGCAUCCAUCCAAGGCUGAACCGCUCACAUAGAGCAUCCUCUGUGCAGACGCACCACCAUCCUCCUCCUUCCUUCCUUCCUUCCUUCCUCCCUCCUUUCCUUCCUCCCACUCUCCUCCUCUUCUCUCUCCUCUCUCCUGCUCUGUUCUAACGCAGAGGACAUCGGGACCUCUUCUCUCCCACCCCCCAAUUCACCCGGAGACAUGGAUCUAUGGUUUCACUCGAUCCGGAUUUGCUGGUGGAGGGUUUUGUUCCUGAUGAGUGUUUUCCAGGACUAUCUGAGCUCCAUGCUGGACUGCCCGCCGACCUGCAGCUGCUCUCAAACCGAGAUCUAUUGCAAUAAGUCAGACAACGGCAGGUUUUUCCCUUUACUCGCCCUACAAGAUACUGGGAACAAUGGGACCAGUGUUGACAUAGCGGACUUGUUCAAAAACAUCACCUCUAUACACAUAGAGAAUUGGACAGGAUUGCAGACUCUGAGAGACGUCGAUAUGGAGCUCUACACUGGACUCCAGAGACUAACCAUCAUGAAUUGCAACCUGAGGGUGAUCCAGGCUCGAGCGUUCGCUCAGAACCCACACCUACGCUACAUAAACUUGUCAAAGAAUCCUCUCACCACUCUGUCAUGGCAACUCUUCCAGCACCUCCAACUCUCCGAGCUGCGUCUUGAUGGCGUGGUUUUCGACUGUGGUUGUGAUAUCCGCUGGAUCCAGCUGUGGCAGCAGAGAGGAGAGGCCGGGCUCCACACACAGCAGCUGUACUGCAGGAACGGAGCCUCUAAGAUACGACUGCACAACAUGUACAUCAACAACUGUGACUUACCAGAGAUCAGUGUGAGCCACAGCAGUGUGCUGGUGAUGGAGGGUGACAAUGUGACAGUGAGCUGCAAUGGAUCCGGAUCACCACUGCCAGAAGUGGACUGGACUGUCAGCGGCCUGCACUCCAUCAACACACACCUGUCCAAUGUGUACUGGCCCAAUAUCCACUCCAUCAACCUGACUCUUUUCAACAUCAGCCGAGAUGACAACAACUUCCAGCUGACCUGCAUUGCUGAGAAUGUGGUGGGGAUGACCAACUCCUCCAUCCAGCUCAACGUACAGUUUCCUCCAGUCAUCUUGAGACUGGCUGAGCCCGAGCAACGCCUCCAUACCUGCAUUGAGUUCACGGUUCGGGGCUACCCCCAACCCAAGCUACGUUGGUUCUACAAGCAAAAAGAGCUUGUUGAGAGUGAUUACAUCCGAACUGAGAUGGACUUCUACCAGGACUAUCUGGAGGGCUGUCUGAUCUUUCAGAACCCAACACACAUCAACAACGGCAACUACACUCUGGAGGCCAGCAACUCCCUGGGAAAAGUCACCAAGUCAGUGUAUGGCCACUUCCUCAUGGAGCCGGGCAUCACUGAUGCAACCCCUACAACACCAUCAGACUCAGGCCGACCAGAUGAAGACACAUUCGGGGUUUCCAUCGCUGUUGGUUUGGCAGGAUUCGCUUGUGUCCUCCUCCUCGUCCUCUUUGUUCUCAUCAACAAAUAUGGCCGGCGCUCCAAGUUCGGCAUGAAAGGUCCAGUUGCUGUGAUAAGUGGUGAAGAAGACUCAGCGAGCCCUCUUCAUCAUGUCAAUCAUGGGAUUAUUACCCCUUGCACUCUGGAUGCGGGUCCUGACGCUGUUGUCAUAGGGAUGACUCGUAUUCCUGUGGUGGAGAAUCCUCAAUACUUCAGACAUGGACACAACUGCAACAAACCAACUACCCUUGUCCAACAUAUAAAAAGGAGAGACAUCAUCCUGAAGAGGGAGUUGGGCGAGGGAGCCUUUGGUAAAGUCUUCUUGGCAGAGUGUUACAACCUGUGCCCCACCAAGGACAAGAUGUUGGUAGCUGUCAAGACGCUAAAAGAUCCCAACCUGUCGGCAAGGAAGGACUUCCAGAGAGAGGCAGAGCUGCUGACCAACCUGCAGCAUGACCACAUUGUUAAAUUCUACGGCGUGUGUGUAGACGGAGACCCUCUCAUCAUGGUGUUUGAGUACAUGAAGCACGGAGACCUCAACAAAUUCCUCAGAGCCCACGGCCCAGACGCCAUGAUCCUGGUGGACGGUCAGCCACUGCAAUCCAACGGAGAGCUGAGCCUUUCCCAGAUGCUGCACAUCGCCACUCAGAUUGCCUCAGGCAUGGUGUACCUGGCCUCCCAGCACUUUGUCCACAGAGAUCUGGCAACCCGCAAUUGCCUGGUGGGCAAUGGCUUGCUGGUCAAGAUUGGAGAUUUCGGCAUGUCCAGAGACAUCUACAGCAGUGACUACUACAGGGUUGGAGGACAUACCAUGCUACCUAUUCGCUGGAUGCCCCCGGAGAGCAUCAUGUACAGGAAAUUUUCCACAGAGAGUGAUGUCUGGAGCUUUGGGGUCAUCCUCUGGGAGAUUUUCACCUAUGGGAAGCAGCCUUGGUUUCAGCUGGGUAACAAUGAGGUUAUUGAAUGCAUAACCCAGGGUCGGGUUCUGGAGAGGCCUCGGAUUUGUCCUAAGGAGGUGUAUGACAUCAUGCUGGGCUGCUGGCAGAGGGAACCGCAGCAGCGACUGAACGUUAAGGACAUUCAAAAAGUCCUGUUUGCCAUGGGAAAAGCCACGCCGGUCUACCUGGACAUCCUUGGCUAGCAGCAGUCCUGGGUGGCCCAUUCCUCGCCAGACAGCGUACAGACAGAUGACACACAUGAACCCAGGAAUAACCAAACCAACCUGCUCCACUGUCGAAAAACACCUACAAUGUUUGGGAAGGACUUAAGUGCCUGCAACACUUUUGGAUAUAGUGGAUAAAACAUAUUCAAAAAAACACGCACUUUUACAUUUUGUUUACUUGCGUAUACGAUGUACAGGUUUGCUGAAAAAAACUGCAAAAAUACACAAAAAUGGAGAUGAAAAGGGAAGUAAUGUAGACUGGCGAAGAGGAAAGUUGCCACCGUUUGAGUCUGAGUUACAGAGCGAGACCACGUCAGAGUUGAAAUCUAUCCUGGGUUUGGUUUUAUGAAUAUAGAAAUAUUACAUAUAUUUUAUAUUUAUUUCUUUUUGUCAAGGUGUUAGACGGUCUGCCAUGUGUGAUGCUAAGGGCUUGGCCCUGUCUGACCAUCUAUUGGCAGGGACUUGACGAUGGAAGCCUUACUUGCACUCUGAUUGGCCGGCACUAAGCUUUUAAUGGGAACUCUGCUUUGUGGAAUAACACUGGAUAGAUGGAGAAAAAAAAAGAAAAGAAAAAAAAGAGAAUUCCGUAGAGGACCUACCCAAUCAGACAACUGACAAAUCUAUUUUAAUUUAAAUAUAAUGUACAUAUUGUAAAAUUCUAUGUGUCAAAAUUAUGUUAACUUAUUUUUUCGGACAUUAUUUCAGUUCCUUCUGACUGUGACCUGGGUGGCUAAAAGUUUAAGCUAUGGUAUUUGUUGUCGCUCCUAAUUUAGAGAUUUGUCUUCUCGGCAAUUACUGGUGUCAGUGCUGGUAAGUUGUCUCACGAGGAGAAGACAAGUACAGUUCGAAUAUCCCACUGACACCGAAUCACAGACUUUAGGAGAAUAGAAGACGACUCGGAGCCAUGAUUCAACGCGACACCUUUUCAAAGACGUGCUGAAACCUCAUCUUCACAGUUCAUUUGUGCCACAGCCCUGAACACGUACACACACACACACACACACACUUUGAGAAACCACUCUUUUAUUUGUUCAGACUUUAUGGCAUAAAACCACUUUUCCACUCUUGGGGAAAAAAACAACAUUUUUGUAACUGAGAUUAUAAAUUAUUUGUUAGGUGCAGGUGCAUGCCCUGCAUACACCGGCUAUAACAUUAAGAAAUGGUUUGACAUUGGGAGACUUUCUGGGAGUUAGAUACUGCUCCUAUUAUCUGUCAGCUCAAUAUGAAUCUACAGCCACUUGGAUAAGCUUUGCAUAAAGACUGGGAACAGUGAGACGGGCAUUCUGGCUCUGUGCUUAGGGGAGGAAAUCUGCCCGACAACAACUUUAAAGCACCUUUAGAAUUAAGAUGUUUUUAAGAGCACAUCAUUCAAAUUCAGAGACAAAAGCCAAACAAAAAUAAUAGGACUCAGCAAAAUGUAAAAUGUGGAUAUAUCCAAGGACGUACAGGUUAUACGUCAGGGUAGAAAACGACUAUUUAAGUAUUACUGCAAAAAU